UCUCAUAUAUAUAAAACAUUGUUCUCUUCCAUCUUUUUUCCUCUCUCUGAGAUUCAAAGUUUCUGUUUUCUUUUUUCUUUUGCUUAAAUCGGAGAGACACCCUCUCCUUUAAUUUAGCUUUGAUCCUUCUGGGUUCCUCGGGAAAAAGAACAAGUCCAUACAUUCUUCUUCAUACGAGGACGAGAUCUUCCUAACUUCUUUGAUCUUCUUCAAUAGGAAAUAAUUCUGAAUUGGUUGAAGAUGUUGGGAGAUUUCAUCAUCAGAUUCCUUGUAUUAAUAUUAGGGUACACAUACCCAGCUUUCGAAUGCUUUAAAACGGUGGAGAAGAACAAAGUUGAUAUCGAGGAACUCAGAUUCUGGUGCCAAUACUGGAUACUGUUGGCGCUAAUUUCGUCGUUCGAGAGGGUAGGCGAUAUAUUUAUCUCAUGGUUACCGUUAUAUGGAGAAAUGAAAGUGGUCUUCUUCGUAUAUCUGUGGUAUCCCAAAACGAAGGGAACGAGACAUGUGUAUGAGACGUUGUUGAAGCCAUACAUAGCUCAGCAUGAGACAGAAAUCGACAGAAAGAUUAUGGAGUUGCGAGCUAGAGCUUGGGACUUUUUCAUAUUCUACUUCCACAACUUUGCCCAGGCUGCUCAAUCCACCUUCAUCCAGGCUUUUCAAUAUGUACUCGCCCAAUCGCUCCGGUUCCCUGCCGCAGCCGCAGCUAACCAACCGCCGAACGUGAACGUUAAAACGCAGUCACCGGUGGAGACAGAGAGUGAACCGAACUCGCCGCCCGCGCCUAGAGCGUUGAACAAAUCACUAUCUGCGUUGCGAUCGCUAGAGAAGCAAACGAGCAGGGGGAGGAAGUGGCCACCACCGACACCACCACAAACACCAGGCCGAGAAGCAGCGGGAACGUUCAACGGAGAAGGAGUCGACAUUCCGGAUACAAUUCCAGGAUCACCCAUCACCGAUGCCCGAGCCAGGCUUCGCCGUUCUAACUCCAGGUCUCAGGCCGCAUCAUAGUAACGUACAUAAACGUGGAGAGCCUCUUCCAAUUUGUUAUAUAUAGUAUAGGCAAAGAAAAGUGAAAGUUUUGAAACCGUCUUAAGAACAAAACAGCUGAACUUUGUAUGUUCUUGUGGUUUUGUAAAUUUAAGCAGAAGUAUUAAUACAAAUAUUUGUGUGUCGGUUAACUAAA